AUGGCAGGCAUCCGAGAUCCAGCGUUCUGGCGCCGUUUCUCGCUAGCCGUCCACCUCGACGAAGAAAAAGCCAAUCCGUCACAUACUCAUGGCGCAGCUUCUCCUGCAUCUCUUAGGCCAGAGCUCAAGCACUCACACAUGGCUCGAACGAAACCGGAAGAAGCGAUCGAGAAUGGUGUGCAUUGGGUGGUCGGUCUCGCUGAGCCUGGUCGUGAUCAUUGCCGGCAUCGUGCUGGUCAUAUUAUGGCUAAAGGGCAGCUUGCUUCCAGCACCACCCGCGCCAACCUCUACCUCGGCGCCAACACCGACUCCCACUCCCACUCCCAUGCCGCCGGGUGGUGCAUGAUGAAACGCUACCAAUGA